UAUCGGAACUUGAUGAACGUGAGAGGAAAACAUAAUGAACAGGCGACGCUGAGCUCAAGCACAUUUUAAGGCAAAUAUUUUUAUUUUUACAUUCAAAUGGAGGAGGUAGAAACAAAAGUGGAGCUGUGGAGUGUCUCUGUAGUUGGACAAAACUCUGAAUUUGGAUCUAUUAAAGACGAAAAAGCGGAUUCAAAUGAGAAAGACAAAUCCGGAUCGCAUUGUAUUUCCGGGAGUGCUCAGGUGCAGCUGGAGGGAGACGGGCGCCAUCAUGAGGCUGUUUGCUGUAACUGCAAGUGGCUGCACCAAAUGGAGCCUGCAAAAUUCAACUCCCUUCUCAAAUGUAUCUUCGUCUUCUUGAUUGCUUCACAAUUAAGUAUCUUCUUAACCCUAAGGUACCCGGAGAUUUUCAGAGAACUGUUUUUCGUCACUAACUUCAUUUUUGGAGCAAUUGGUUUGUAUUUUUAUUUUUUAUCCACACAAAGAAACAGAGGCCCUCCUGCAGACUACUAGUACAUAAGAGUCAGGUUUGUGGAGAUGCAAGCUUGCAAUUGCUGUCGUGGCCCUGUGCGUCGACGUGAGGAGACCUGGGCUCAGCCUCAGACUCGUCCCGAAGUGUGUGGCCUCAGCGACUCUGUGGAUCACGCAUUACAAAAGAAGAAAGUUGUACUACACGAUCACUAGAAAACUACUUCCUCACUGCGUUUCAGUUCUGUGGACACAAACACUGUACGCUGUGGCCUGGCUUAAAGGUGACUUGCGUUGUCUCCAUGGAGAUGUCCUCGCUUUGCCUGGAAUGUUCCACAGUAUGACAUUAAACACAACUAAACUGACAGUAAGCACAACUAUUUAGCGUUUAUUCAUUACGGGUGUUUCUGUUGCUCAAAAAUGCAAUAAUUCUCUCUGUGAAUAGGGUCGCCUCUCCACAGAUCUGACCUGUUUUGUAACUUAUAGUUGUCUCCCUUGAUAUACAUAGGUUUAAGCUCUACCGUGGAACAUUCUAGACCAGGGGUGAUCAAACUAAGGCCCGGGGGCCAUAUGCGGCCCUUUAAAAGUAAUAAUUUCUCCAUGGCGGGUUCCAUUUCUACAGUUCUACCUUUAAAUAAAAUAAAAUAAAAUUAGAGGUUAAAUAGUGAAUACAGAAAUACACAGAAAAACAUAAAACUCUAUACAAUAAAAGUUAAUGUUAUGAAUGCAUUUUUACCUUCGCCAAGGAGGUUAUGUUUUUGCCGGCGUUUGUCUGUUUGUCUGUUUGUUUGUUUGUUUGUCUUUUAGCAACAUAACUCAAAAAGUUAUGGACCAAUUUUGAUGAAAUUUUCAGGAUUUGUUGGAAUUGUGAAAAGGAAGAACUGAUUUCAUUUUGGGGUUGAUCCGGAAGAAAUCCUGGAUUCUGGAUCACUUUGAAAUUUUAGUUAACAUUGUGGUAAAUGGGGCCAAAAAGUUUUGUUUCUCAAUAUCUCGGUUAAUUAUUGACCAAACCCCAUGAAGUUUGACUCAGGGAUGGACAAUGGGAUCCUCUUUCAUAUUCCAAAGGCUGAUCCAGAUCUGAUCCAGAAGACUGAUUUUUAUCACAAUUUAUAUAAAAAAUGGGGGUCGUCCUUGGCGGAGGUCUGCGCUCUCUGAGUGCUUUUCUAGUUACAACUUUUUUUAUUCUAACAUAGUAAUACAGAUGUAACGAUAUCCAAAUCUCUCGAUACGAUAUUUGUACAAUAUUCAUGCCACGGUAUGAUAUUUAUUGUGAUAUUUUAAAGAGAUUUACAAAACUGUUAAUGUGCUACUUUUCUGUCAAAGUCCAAAUAAAUUAAAUUCAUAACACUAAUCAAGUAGAUUGGACUGAAACAAAGCAAAGGAUCAUGGGAUAUGUAGUUCUCUGUUUUUUAGUGAAUGCUGCACCAUAACAAUGAAUUAAAGAAAAGAAACUUGA